UGUAUUAAUAAAGUGUGCAAUAAUAAUAUAUUAAAAUCUGAUAAUUCCAAAUCGAAAUGCUCUUUUAUAAACAAGAGAAAUUUGGUCAUUCCCCGAAAUGCCGUCCAAGACUUUUUCGCCGCCGCAAAUAGAACCGGUUGCUGUUUUUUCCGUUAACUUCAUAAACCCAACUAACUGACCGCUUCUCACUUAGUCGCUCUCGAAAACCAUUGUCCACCGCCAUGACUACCACAACCACCACCACUUCCUCGUCUCAUAUUCUCCGCCACACCUCCGACUUCAUUUCCGGCGUCCUCUCUCAAUCGGAGCUCCGGCGACAUCUCGCCGCGACCCUCCGCCGCGAGACUACACCACUCUGCAGCCAAACCACCCUCAGACAGCUCAGCCUCGCCUCCGACACCAUUGAAAACGCCAUCUCCUCCUCCAGCACCUCCAUCCGAACCUCUUCCCUCACCCUCGCCGAGAAGCUCCUCCUCCCUCUCCCCGAACUCCCCCUCUCCUCCUUCCUCCUCUCUCUUCUCCUAUUCCUCUCGAACCGCCACGUGGAUUCCGCCGUACUCCUCCUCCAAAUCUUCCACUCCAAUCCAUCCCUGGCCAGAUCCGAAAUCGCUCCGGUUCUCUACGAUCACCUCUUCUCCCUCCACCUGCUCCCUGUUUUCCGGUGGUUCGAUGAGCACAGAACGCGGAUUUUGUCCGAAUCGAGCAGUGAUGCGAGUGAUUAUUCAAUUACGGAGGAGUCAGUGGUGCUGCCGUGCACCAAAUUGUUGUCGAGGAUGAGUGAGAAUCAGGCUUCGAAGCUGAGGGAGUUGGAGAGAGAGUACCAGGAGGCUAUCGACCAAAAUUGCAGGGUUGUUGCUGUGUAUUUCAAGGAGGUUUUGACCAGUAAAAGCAGUGAAGCGUCGAUUAGUCCACCGCUGUUGACUCUGAAGAGCACAGAAGAUGUUGACGGAGGGAAGAACAAAGAGGAGAUUCAAGAAUCCCAAAUGUCUGUGUUGGAGAAUGGACGGUAUAAUCCAAUAUGGUCCGAAAGGGAGACAUCUAUUGAAUUCUUGAGCAGCACCUCCAGCAGCAAAUCUUCACAUAUAAAUUAUUAUCCUCAAAGAGUCUCUCCCAGAAUCCUCAAACGCCAAAAAUCUUCAAAAGAUUCAGCACCAGUCUAUAUGAAAUCAACAAGUGAAAAUAGACCUUCUUUGGAUGGGAAUCUGUCUUCUUCUUCUUCAGAUUCCGAAGCAGAGAGNNAGGAUGACGACAAAAAUGUGGCAUUGUUGGAGCCUCGACAAAGCCAGUCCCAUGAACAAAUGCAACCUAACUUGAAAGAAUUCAGAGGCUCCCCAGAGUAUCAUAUGGCAGAGUAUGAUAAUCCGCCGCCUGGAACUGCAAAAAAUACGCCUCCUAAGGACUUUGUCUGUCCGAUAACUAGUAACAUAUUUGAUGAUCCUGUGACUCUUGAGACAGGACAAACAUAUGAACGUAAAGCUAUCGAGGAAUGGUUCAAAACUGGCAACUCAACUUGUCCAAUCACUCGCCAGAAGCUGCAAAACACGCAGUUACCUAAGACAAACUAUGUGCUCAAACGACUAAUUGCAAGCUGGAAAGAACACAACCCUAAUUCAGUUCCACCGUCAUGUGAGAGUCCAUAUGAAGAAAGCAAGGCUGUAACGAAGACAAUAAAGGUUUCAACUCUGCCUAAAGAUGUCGUAAAACAAGCCACGGUGGAUGGGAUCAUUAGUGAGUUGCGCUAUGCAAUCAAUAAUCUCUAUAUGUCAGAUAUUCUUGAGGAAUCUGAAAUGGCUGUGCUUCAUAUUGAAAAGCUUUGGAGAGAAGUGAAUUUAGGAGUGGAUAUCCAUAGCAUGCUAUCAAAACCUCCAAUAAUUAAUGGGUUUAUGGAGAUCCUUUUCAAUUCUGUUCAGCCCCGGGUGCUACGAGCGGCAGUGUUCCUUCUGGCCGAAACCGGUUCUAGAGACCACUCUGUUAUUCAGACGCUUACGCGUGUGGACACUGACGUAGAAUGUAUCAUGGCACUUUUCAAGAAAGGGUUGACAGAAGCUGUUGUGCUGCUGUAUCUGCUAAAACCUUCCACUACAAGUCUUGCUGAGAUGGCCACACCGGAAUCUCUCCUAGCAGCAUUCAAUAAAGAAGAGGAAAACUUGGUUCCAAUAUGUUUGAAGCCCAAAACAGCUGCCUUGCUUUUAUUCGCACAGGUUAUUGGAAGUAGUGAAGAAAGAAUUGCGUCGUCAGCUGCCAAGUGUGUGUUCUCUGAAAAAGCAAUCGGAAAUAUUGUCGCCAGUUUAGAAGCUGAGUGGGCAGAGGAGAGGAUUGCUGCAGUGGAGAUCUUAUUAAGAUGCAUGCAAGAGGAUGGGACUUGCCGGAACACCAUUGCUGAAAAGGCAGACUUGUCUCCUAUUUUGGAAAGUUUCACUGGUGCAACUGAUGUAGAGUGUUUAAAGAUUGUCCAAUUUUUCUCUGAAUUAAUAAAGUUAAAUAGGAGGACAUUGAAUGAACAAAUCCUCCGCUUUAUAAAGGAAGAAGGACCUUUUAGUACAAUGCAUACACUGCUCAUUUGUCUGCAGACAGGCCUUCAAGACCAAUGUCCUGUCAUGGCCGGCCUUUUACUCCAACUUGAUCUUCUGGUAGAGCCAAGAAAGAUGAGCAUAUACCGUGAAGAGGCAAUUGAUACUCUCAUUUCAUGCCUGAGAAACACAGAUUUCCCUGCUGCUCAAUUAGCAGCUGCUCAUACAAUCAUGUCACUUCAAGGGAGGUUCGACUUCUCUGGAAAGUCUCUUACCAGAGAAGUCCUUCUUAAACGUGCAGGUGUUGACAGAAGUCCUGGAUAUCUUGAACAGGUGCUCCAGAUCAACAGCUUCUACCCAGAAACUGAAAUAACUCCUGAAGAAGAGAAAGCAGCGGAUGAUUGGGAAAGAAAAAUUGCAUCUGUUCUAGUCAGCCACGAGUUUGGUAUACUUUUCGAGGCUUUAGCAGAUGGCAUAAAUAGCCGAAAUCCAGAACUACGGUCAGCAUGCUUUAUAUCAGCUACGUGGCUAGUAUACAUGUUGACCAUUCUACCGGACACAGGGGUACAAGGAGCAGCGCGUGUCUGCUUGCUGAAACAGUUCAUAACAAAACUAAAUUCUGCUAAGGACAUUCAUGAUAGAGUCCUUUCUAUGCUUGCUCUAAAUAGUUUUCUCCAUUUCCCUGAUGGCUUUCACGAUCUAACUUCCUACACUAAGGAUAUCUUAAAAGGUUUGAGAGAGCUUAAGAGAAUCUCUCCAUUGACAUCUGAAAUUCUUAAAGUUCUGGUUGAAGAGAAUGAAUCUAAAAGUGACAUAUGGAUACAUAAAGAGCUGAUUCGAGUAGAUUGCAGUGAGAAUGGGGAAGUGCCAUCUCUCAUUUGUUUCAAGAAUAAAUUAUUUUCGGGCCACUCUGAUGGAACUAUUAAGGUUUGGAUGGUAAAGGAUACUUCAUUCCAUCUCUUGCAAGAGAUCCAAGAACAUCUUAAGCCUGUAACAAGUUUGGUGAUUUCAGAAUCUGGUGACAGACUAUACAGCGGUUCACUUGAUCGAACUGCAAAGGUUUGGUCUAUUGGAAAGGCAGCAAUUCAUUGUGUACAAGUUCAUGAUAUGAAGGAGCAGAUUCAUAAUUUAAUUGUAACUGACAGCAUAUCUUGUUUCACUGCACAGGGCGCUGGUGUCAAGGUUCAAUCAUGGAAUGGAGAAUCAAAAUUGUUAAAUUCUAAUAAAUACGUUAAGUGCUUGGCUCAUGUUCAUGGGCGAUUAUACUGCGGCUGCCACGAUAGCAGUGUUCAGGAGAUAAAUCUGGACACCGGAAACGUCAGUACUAUUCAAAGUGGUUCUAAAAAACUACUUGGCAAAGCCUAUCCUAUUCAUGCACUGCAACUUCAUGGUGAACUUAUAUAUGCAGCUGGCUCUUCCUUAGAUGGAUCUGUUAUAAAGAUGUGGGACAAUUCUAGUUAUAGAUUGGUGGGAUCUCUGCAAACCGGAUUGGAAGUGCGGGCAAUGGCUGUGAGCUCAGAAUUAAUUUACUUGGGGGGCAAGGGGGUAGCUGUGGAAAUCUGGGAUAAGACGAAACACAACAAACGACACAUUACAAACGGCCACAAACAGUAGGGUUCUUUGCAUGUCUCUAGACAGGAAUGAAGAAAUUUUGGUAAUUGGAACUUCUGAUGGCCAAA